AUGCUGAUGAACAGUUCGCGUUUGACGCUGUCCACUGGACGGUCGCUUCUCGUCGGUGCCACGUCACAGGUCGACGACGCCAUCGGAGGAAUUCAGAAGAGACACAUGGGACGGAGACAGCCGAAACAGGGUAAACCACCGAUCUUACCGCCUUCCAAAAAGGUGAGUUAAUUUUUAUUAUUUCUGAAUCGACUUCGUCCUUUAUUUUAGGUACUCUACCACGUGGUUCACGCUCCUUGGCAGAAGCCAGAAGACGUGGAGGAGCUCCUCUGGAGACGUCACGCUUACAACAAUGCGGUCAUUUCGCUGAGAGAAGUGUUCCGCACGGAACUCGCUCAGAAUGCGUCACACGGGCGAGGAAUCGACGCCAUGAAAGAGGCGGAAUCACUGGAACUCGACGAACUGAUCGCCGCCAACGAGAAACGGAACGCAGAAAGACGGGCGGCACGUGUCGCACGCGAAGAAUCUGACGCGAAGGCGACGAAGUCGGUGAUUCUGGACGAGAUUCGCGUCGAACUGGAGAAACGGAACGCGGAGAAGAAGGCGGCGGAGGACGAGGUCCGUGCAGUGAUCUCUCGUUCCGAUUCGUUUGUUAACCGAGAAAAUCUGGAGACGAAGAUUCUGGAAGCACUCGAAAAGCCGACGAUCUACGAUUUCGCCAUCGAUCGGGCCGGCAACAAGUACUUCGUGCCGGAGCCAGUGAAGUAUCAGGAGGGAACGCCGACUCGACAGAAGGGACGAUUGUACGAUCAGACGCUCGGAACUCAGCACGGAAGAAUGGAAGAGAGACGGGCGGAAAAGACUGUUUAGGUGCGGAACCACUCCUUCCUAUCUUUCCCACUAGUUAAUUGAUUUCAGACUGCUCAAUCGGUCCGUGGUUCACUUCAAUCAGACUACAAUGUAG